UCGCCAUGACGGGGCAAGUCGCUAGCAUCGUAUGAAUAUUGCACUUUGGCACCUGGUAAACGCAAAUCGCUUUACAACAUGGGCCAGGACGAGAUUGCCCAGUUUGCCGGCCUGCUCUCUGCAGCGGCUGCUAAAUAUGUAUUUACAUGGUGGAUAUACCGCAACACCCAACAGUUCAGGCUUGUAGGCAGGGUGGCUGAUCUGAUCAUUUAUCCUGUGAAGUCAGCCAAAGGUGUUUCAGUGGAGGCAGCACAGGUCUCGAAAUUGGGUCUGAAAUCCGGGGAUAUGAUGGAUAGGCACUGGAUGGUUUCAAAAGAGAAUGGCACCUUCGCUAACAUCGCUGAGCAACCAAGGCUGGCCGCAGUGAAUGUCACCAUCAGUGACAAUCAUAUAUGUCUGGACGCAGAAGGAAUGGACACCCUGAAUUUACCAAUCACUAUGACAUUAUCCAACGAUAGCAAGGUUUUGGAUCUGAAGAUGCGUGAUAUGGAAACCGUAGGUAUGGAUUGCGGUGACGCUGCUGCGGCGUGGAUCAGCAAAUAUCUGAAGAAAGACGGAAUGCGCUUUGUAUAUUCCCACCCCAGUCUCCCCAAGCAAGAGAUACGAAAGAAAAAUACAUAUUACAUUAAUCGUUGCCGACCCAGCGACAAGACUGCUUUUGCGGACUACAGCGCUGUCAUGCUGAUGACCGAGCCUUCGCUGAAUAAUGUCAAUAAGGCACUGCCAGAUGGCAAACAUGUGGAAGUGUCUUGGUUCCGUCCAAAUGUGGUUGUAUCUGGUUGUGGUGAGUUCGCAGAGGACAGUUGGCAGAAACUCCGGAUCGGCGACAACUACUUCCGCCAAGUGAAGCUCUGUCAGAGGUGUAUCGUUGUUACUGUUGAUCCGGACACUGGUAUCAGAGACCCAGACACUGAGCCACUUAAGACGAUGAGAAGAUAUCGUCAGCACCCUGAGUACCGUGACAACCCCAUACUAGGUAUCAAUCUGGCCAUUGAUAAGUUUGGUGGCACUAUCAAAGUUGGGGAUCCUGUUUAUGCUGUGGUUUCAAACACCCCGCUCCCAAAAGACACUUAAGCUGAAAUAAUUUGGAAGAUUGUCACUCUAGAGGUUGAUAAUGAGCGCAGUAUAAAUAUGUAUUUGAAACUCGUUUUCAUUCGCAGAACUGUCAUAAUUAACUGUCAUUAUUUUUGGAUAUGGAUUAUGGCAUAAGACGCCAACAAUAAUGAAAUGAAUUAUUUUAAAGUAUUUGAUAUUCAAACAACUAUAUUACUAAAAUAACUAUAUGACUGAGAUAACACGAUAUAACAGAUGUAUUUACUUGCAAGGUUUGCUAGUUUUUUAUUGGCUACAUUUAUGUGUUAUUUUGAUCAGAACCGUACAUCGCUCUAUCUCACUCCAUCUCUCU